AUGAGUUGUGUGUUGUGUACAAACUUCAGAGCUCGAUCCCCUCCCUUUGUUUGAGUAGUAGUUCGUGCGCUACAUCUUCUUCUCAAUGGAUCGGUGUGAAAUCGUGCCACGGACUUGAGUCGAUCGAGACGAGCGUCGGAGCGAGGGGACACACUCUGCUCCAUGACCGCAUGCCUACUCCGAGUGGGAGAAACCCGCCAAGGGGAGCGUGCCGUGAGCAGCUCGAUGCCAGGUGAACCACGCGGCCGGGGCAUGAAGGUCUCGGAGCACCGGACGACCUUUAUGGUCACUCUGGGACUCCUGCUCUACUUCCUAUGGAUGGACGUAGCUCUGUACUAUCGAAUACAGAGUUUACCACCCCCAUCGGCACCGGAGACACCUCCCCCGAUCUCAGGAGAGAAACCUCAAGCCGGUCCACCGAGACUUUUCUCACCGUUCACGGGCCUAUCAAUAAAGAUGAUGAUGUUGGACCAAGUCAACAACUACAUACACACACCUCUAGCAAAUAUAUUCAGCAAGGUGACGAAUUUCUCUGAGGUUCUCUCGUUCAUAUCGCCGAAUAUGGUCUCGUUCGCGGGCUUCCUCUCGGCAUGCGCUGCAGCCAGAUUCGUCAUGCACGACUCGUUAUCUAUGCACCGCUUGGCUGUUUUCAUGUUCUGUUUGAGAACCUGGUUCGACGCUUUGGACGGCACGAUAGCGCGAGAGAGACGACACAUGGUCCAGUUUGUGUCUCUAAGAAAUACCUCAGGUUACGUCGUCGACGGUGUCGCCGACGCCUGCGGCUUCAGCGUUUUCCUAAUCGGUUGUUUCUUCUUCCUGAGACGGAAACUUCCUACUUGUAAAUUGUAUUUGCCAAUGUCGCAGCACGAGAAAAGUAGAGCUUCGAAUUAUAUGCCAUACUCGCCGAAGCGGAUCGCAACAGUCGUCGGUUGCUUCGGACUCCAGCUGGCCAUCAGUUGCGUCUUCUGGGACCAUUACAUCAGCGAAUAUCAUGACCUCUUGGAAGUUCGUUCGCCGCAAAUCAAUCCUCAUGAUCAGUCCGAAGUUCUCCGGUCUUCGCUCAUGUGGAUCAUCAUGUGGUUCUGGAGAGUGUCGAACGCCCACUCGUUGAUGCACUUUUUCUUGUUUUUCAUUUUCUGUGAUCACAUGUGGGACUUCCUGUUAUGGAUCCAGUAUAUCGGACUCGUCAAUAUCGGUGUACUGGUGGCCUUCACCGAACUUCAUCUCAGAAGCGUGAAGACUUAUCUGCUGUGAAGACAGCUCGAUUCAGAAACGCGCCAAACUCAUAAUAAAAUAGUAACGUCAGAGAAAGAACCAAGUCUCAUGACCCCGGACUCGAGAAAUGUAAAUAAAUCAGACAGUCGCCAUGCGACUAUGCGU